CACAGCAACUUCCUACUCGGCCUUGGCUGAGACGACGACAACGGCGUCAAAAGUUAAUUGAAACGCGUGAUUCCGUCUGCAAGCCACUGUGUUUGCCACGGCUGAUUGUGAAAAAAGAAUUUUUCUCGAGAGAAUUGUUUGUCAAUCAACGAGAUGGGUGGCUACGCGAGCAGAAUCGCGUCGAUGUCAAAUACGGCCGUGCAUGUGUAUCGAGGAUGCAAACGUAAAUACAUCGAGGAGUACGACAACGACUCGGAGUCCGAGUACAUCGAGCGAACACUUCAAACGCCAAAAAAGAGAAAAUUGCUCACGACGGCACAGUACAUAUACAAAACUCUGUUCCAAGAGGAGAAAGGCAGUGACAUAACUGUUCUCAUACUUGGAAGAGCAUGGAGAUUACACAAAGUUUAUAUCAGUCAGAGUCCAUAUUUUGCUAGUAUGUUUUCUGGUUCCUGGAGAGAGGCCAAUGAGAAAGUCAUUAAAGUUGAAAUCACAGAUCCAAAUAUUACAAUGAAUUCAUUGUCUGUAGUUUUGGGCUCUCUCUAUCAAGACGAAGUCAAUUUGGAACCAAAAGAAGUUGUUUCCAUUCUGGCCACAUCCACUCUGUUUCAAUUGCAAGGCUUAAUAGAUGAGUGUGCAGACAUCAUGAUAGAAACCACAAAUAGCGAAACUGUUGUGCCAUAUUAUAACGCAGCUGUGUCAUAUGGCGUGCCUAAUGUUAAAGCAGCUGCAAAACGUUGGCUGGAAGUGAAUUUGUUGAGUUACGGAUGGCGACAUCCGUCCUUUUUGAAGCAAAUCGCACCGGACUUAAUGGAAGAAUUAGUUGCCAGUCCCGAUUUAGUAGUUUUGCAAACAGAGUUUUGUAUAUACAUGAUGUUACGUGUAUGGUUGUUUGCACAUACCCAAGAUUACGAGGAAACAUUAAAUAUUGAUGAAUAUUUUAAAAAUCACAAAUGGACAGAACCGUUUUUAACGACUGAAGAAGGCAAAGAUUACGCAGCACCUUUCAUGGCACUAAGAAUGAAAUAUUUAUUGUUGCACGAACAAGAUGACAAAAUCUUAUAUAGUGAUAAUUUAAUACCACCAAGUUGGUUACAUGAUGCUUAUAGAGAGCAAUGGCUUCAUUUAUUAAGAGUCGAUGGGAAUAAAGAUAGAGGUCCGGAACAAAUGACAGAAGAAGAAUUUUCAAAGGAAUGUUUUCGCUGCGGUAGAUGUGUCGAAAAGCCAGGCGAACAUAUUUGGAGAUGGAAGGCAUUUCACUACGGACUGGACUUACUAAUGAGUUUAGAUAACACCACAUUGCGCAUCGAGAGAAAUCACAGAGUAGACUCGGAGCACAUUAAAGCCAAUCAUAAAGAACACAAAAUUUUAAUAAAGGUCUGUCUAUUUUCAUUGGACGAACAACGUCAGGUGAAGCACGUCCAAAAUUCGGGCAUGCGAAGACUACGUUUAAAGAGAAAUACAGAACGCAUUUUUUUUCAGCACGAAAUAAUGUGCCUCGAUAGGCAGCUAACUUAUCCCUUGUAUAUAUCGGUUAACAUGCAACUAGUCACUCCGCUCGCGUUGGAAGAAAAGAAGGCACCAAUCGACACGAUACUCUCGGACACUUAGCAUUUCAAGACUCGAUAUGUUUCAAAUAUACGAAGGACGCGGGUUUUUCAUCUGUUGCUUUGUAAUAUAUAUUCCGUUUAAUUAUUACGAAUAUUAGGUAAGUUCGUAGACACACGUUUAACAUCCGAGAAGAGACCAAAUUAUAAAAAAAAAAAAAUAAGUGAUUUAUCUCCUUCGAUCGAAUUUUUUUAAGGCAAAACCGAAACUUUAAAUUUUUACUAAAAGGAUAUGUCAUUAAUGUAAAAAUGAACGUAACGUGAAAAAAUUUGGAUAUCCUGCAUUAUCACUGUUUCUUGUAUAUUGAUAUAAUCGAUGCAUUUGAUACUAAUGUGAUUUACAACUAAUAGUCAUUCCACGAGUUUGAGUAAGUUUUUUUGUCGUGUUAGACUUUAGUCUUUCCUGUUUCACACUGGAGAACUAAUGGUGCAUAAAAAUACUGUAAGUACUUCUGAUGAUUCACAUCAGAAUCAAUUUUAAACAUGUUACCUUCUGACUGAAUAAAAACCGCAUCACUAAUAGUUUAGUAAGUUAAAUAUAAAUGUACAGGCACAACGCUAAUUCUUCUUAGAACCAGACUUGAUUUAUGUACACUUUUUUUGGUUUUUGUUUACACGUUAGUCUGGAAAUAGAUUUGUCAGAUAGUUCACUUAAAAAAUGUUGUUAGAGAAAAGAACUGAUUUUUCUUUUGUGAUGUUUAGUCCGAGUUAUAAAAGUGAUCAGUUUUUUUUUUUAAGUGUUUCGAAUCUUUGUUUGAAACAAAAAUGAAUAUUCGAAUGUCUGUCAAGAAGUUUUCGAACGCAGAUAAAAAUUUAAAAAUAUAUAUACGCUUUUUUUUACUAGCACACUUGUGUAGCAGUUACUUAAUUUUCAUCGCGACACACUACCCGAAAGACUGUUCGUAUCGCGUGUGUGUCGUAACUGCAGUAUUAAAGUUUAUGCAUUUUUUUGACCGAAGUAUUAUUAUUUACAAAAAGAAAAAGUUGAGCGUUUUUAAAGAUUUUGUUUUCAAGUUUAAUUUACUCUCUGCUCUGCAUUUAAAAAAAAGAGGUGAAAAAAAAAAAACUUUAACGGAAUAUGCUGUCUUCCUAUCAGUAAGAAGAUUUCUUUGAUUCAGUGCCUUUUUAAUAUAAAUCCAUCUAAAAAGCCAACUAAAACAAAAAAUACGUAAAAAUACGUAUAUAAGUGAACUAAUAACUUUGUAAUGCAAAUAGUAUAACUUUUGUAGGUAAUUUUUUUGUAAAUGUUUUUUAACUACGCGAGAGUCAUUCGUAUGAAU